AUGAUUCAGUUCAAUCCAUCCACGUUGACCGUCCUCCUCGCUCUUUUCCUAUCUUCCGCCGUUGCAGAUGAUGCCAAGCUCUCCUCCAACCUUGUAGGCUGCAACGAAGUCUCAUGUCCCAAGAAAGGAGCCGAUGACCGCUGCACAGUGGGCAACAACACCUUCAUGGGCAUCGGACUAUCCCAUCUCGCCGACGCCCCAUCAUCCCUCGAUGGGUUUGCCCUCGUGAAAGGCGUCAAUGUCUCUGCUGGACUGGGCGGCAAGAACAAUGACAAGCCGACACGCCCUUUCAAGUCAUUCUACUACCUCGGCACACCCCCAGAUGUAGAUGCCAAGGAUUUGUCCGGCUGCGUGGUUGUCUUCCACGACCCUCCGUCUAAAAAAUUCAAGGGCCCAAAACUGGAAGGCAAAAACAACGGAACAGACACCCGCGCUGCGAGCGGUACCUGUUCUGAUGUGAUUGACAAGAAGUGCAUCACGAAGAUCACGGACCGUGCUACUAAAUUGGCCGAUGAGGCUAACGGAGAUGUGUGUGAGACACUCAAUCGGGAGUUCAAGAAGAAUCUCCCAGAUGAGUGUGAGGGUUUCGCAGGGAAUGGUCGCUCGUUCGGGGAAUUCUCCGUCAAGUCGCUUGGCAAUCUCACUUCCAUUCCUAAUUCUACAGACUGCUGGCCUGUUAAGCCGAAGUCCGAUAAGCUGCUGGGCAUUGUGAGCAGUACUUCUUUGAGAAAUUACUCCGCAAAUGCUCUCAUCGACGAGGCUUAUAAGAUCACGCCGAUUUUGACCGUCUUUGUUGGGAAGGACAACAGCAGUCUUGUCAAAGAGACGAGUUCUCAGAUGACAUGCCUGAAAGUUGUCACCGAGGAGAAUCCCGAUGACGACAAGGAUAGCGAUAAAAAUUCCGCCCCGAGGAUGAAGGCAAGUGGAGUAGUUGGUGGAAUCGCGGUGCUGGUGGCGGGAAUCUUCGCAGUCCUGUGA